AUGUGUGGGUAUAUUGUUGUCAUUGACGAUAUAUGGGAUGUGGUUACAUGGGGUGUUAUUAAGCGUGCAUUCCCCGUGACCAGUUCUGGCAGUAUCAUAAUCACUACUACUCGUAAAAAUGAUGUUGCUGAAUCAUGUCGUUCUUCAUUUGGUGGUUCCAUUUAUGUUAUAAGACCACUUAAUACAGUGUGUUCAAGACAACUAUUUCAUAGAAGACUAUUUGAGUCCAAAGAAGAUUGCCCUUCACACCUUGAAGGAAUUUCAUGUCAAAUUUUGGAGAAGUGUGCUGGCUUACCUUUGGCAAUCAUUGCUAUAUCUGGGUUGUUGGCUAACGUUAACAAAGAAAGAACAGCUGAUAUAUGGAAUGAAGUGAAAGAUUCAAUUGGUCGGGCACUUGAAAGGAAUCCUACGAUUGAAGUAAUGAUAAACAUAUUGUCACUUAGUUACUUUGAUCUUCCUCCUCAUCUCAAAACUUGUCUAUUGUAUUUGGGUAUAUUUCCAGAGGACUCUGUUAUUGAGAAGAUGACCCUGAUAUGUAAAUGGAUUGCCGAAGGAUUUAUUCACAAAGAAGGCAGAUGUACAACAUAUGAUUUAGGAGAGAUAUGCAUUAAUGAGCUUGUCAAUAGGAGUUUGAUCCAAGUUGUACACACUGGCCUAUUUGGUGAGGUGAAGAGUUUUCGAGUUCAUGACAUAAUUCUUGAUUUCAUCAUAUCCAAGUCUAUUGAAGAGAACUUUGUUACUUUAAUAGGUGUUCCUAAUAUAACUGUUGGGACACAAUUCAAAGUCCGUAGACUCUCUCUCCAACUUGGUAAUCAAGGAAAUUCUAUUAUACCAGCACAUAUGGUGUUGUCUCAUGUUCGGUCACUCAAAGUGUUUGUUCAAUCAUUUGAAAUAUCUUCUCUUGAUGAGUUCAUGCGUUUACGUGUUUUGGACUUUGAAGGUUGUAGUAAAUUGGAAAACCAUCAUCUUUCCAAUAUCGGGAGGUUGUUUCAGCUGAGGUGCCUGAUCCUGAGAAAGACAGAGAUAACUGAGCUCCCAGAAGAGAUUGGCCAUCUACGUUGCUUAGAAAUGUUGGACAUAAGAGACACCAAAGUUAGGAAACUACCAGCAGCUAUUUUCAAUCUUGGAAAACUGGUGCAUCUGCUUAUGUCGGAAUUUGCUAAAAUUCCUGAUGGAAUAGCAAAGAUGCAAGCACUGGAGGCGCUGGGUUGUGUUGCAGUCUCUGAGCAGACAUUUAAUUUGCUGCAAGAACUUGGGCAGCUAAAGAACCUGAGGCAGCUGAUCCUCAGGUUUGAUAAUCCUUAUGACAGACACAUAAGAGUUCAGAAGGUGUGCAUGGAAGCUAUGGCCUCUUCACUUCAACACCUAUCCAGUCAGAACCUUCGCUCUCUACUUAUCAACGGCGAUGGGGAGAGGUACAUGCAGUCUAGUCCGCUUAGCAUCCAAUCACUUGAGGUCCAUGCUUCACUUGUUCCACAGUUUCCGAAUUUGUUGGGCUCCCUCGUCAACAUUCAGCGGCUAUGCCUUAAUUUGAAGGGAGUCGGGCAGGAUGAUAUCAACAUCUUCGGAGCCUUACCGGCUCUAGUCCAUCUUAUUCUGGGCAGCACAGUAAAUGGAUACCCCAAAUAUUGUCGGCGGUUAUCUGAAGACAGUACGAUCAUAAUCAGUGGUGACGUUGGCUUCCCAUGCUUGAGGAACUUUUGCUUCGAUGCAUUCCGUUACCCGCUACAUCUCAUGUUUGAAGUAGGAUCCAUGCCCAAGCUAGACAGACUUACCAUGGGUUUCCUCUUCCUUACAUAUGACUUCGAUAUGGAGGAUGGUGUUUUUGAUUUUGGAAUCGAAAAUCUUCCCAAACUCAUGACUCUCACAUGUAAAAUAGCAGUCCGCUUGGAUGAUUCUAUUCCAACCUUUGAGCAAGCAAAGGCAGCUGCAGAGAGAACAGCGAGGGCACAUCCCAACAACCCUACUCUAUCUUGUGAUAUACUAAAUAUUUGAGGUUCAGCACUUCGUUUCUUCUGAGGUCGAUUCACCGAAUGUUUCCAAGAUAUUCUUGCUGGCAUGCCGUUUUCACUACAUGUUCACCUGUUGGACGAAGGAUGCAUACCCUAGGUGCCUGCAGGCUGAUGUUGGACACGCUCUCUGUUACUGUUGCUACGUAUCUUCUGUUGGUGGCAGCCUCCCUGAUUCCCAUCAACAAGUCAGAUCAAGUUGCUGCUGCUCCUUUCACCUCGCCCACUUCCCAAGUUUCUAAGAUUUUUUAGCAAGAUAAUUGUCUUUCUUUUUCAUGCGCCGACUUGAAGUUUUCCCUCAAUGUGUCAUGCCAAUGUAUU